AGUAAAAUCAUUUCUGAAGCUUGUGCCUGUUUUUACAUAGCUGGAAAAUCCUCCGCAGGUAUUAAUUCAGUAGCUGUAUGAAGAAUUAGCCCACGUUUGCUUGCAAACAGCAUAUUAUAAAGGCGCAUGCAUCGCUGCAGAUCGCUAGUGAAGAAGACGGGAUUGUAACGUUAUAUUGAUGUGGAAUUGGACCAGGUGUUAGAAUUCAAAAGCAGUCCAAUCCAGCACAAGGUGUCGGGAUGAGCUUCUUCAGUUUCGGACAAAGUGCUGAGAUUGACAUAGUUCUGAAUGAUGCCGAGACGAGAAAAAAGGCCGAGCACAAAACGGAGGACGGGAAAAAAGACAAGUACUUUCUGUUUUACGACGGAGAGACGGUCUCAGGGAAAGUAAACGUAACCCUGAAGACCCCGGGAAAGAGGCUCGAGCAUCAGGGCAUCAAAAUAGAGUUUAUCGGGCAAAUCGAAUUGUACUAUGACAGAGGAAACCAUCAUGAGUUUGUCUCGCUGGUAAAGGAUUUAGCUCGGCCUGGAGAAAUGGCUCAGUCUCAAACUUUUGAUUUUGAGUUCACGCAUGUAGAGAAACCAUACGAGUCCUACACAGGCCAGAAUGUAAAACUACGCUAUUUCCUGCGGGCGACUGUCAGCCGGAGACUGAAUGACGUCUGCAAAGAGAUGGACAUCGUCGUGCACACACUCAGCACAUAUCCAGAGCUCAACUCCUCCAUUAAGAUGGAGGUGGGAAUAGAGGACUGUCUGCACAUCGAGUUUGAGUACAACAAGUCCAAGUAUCACUUGAAAGAUGUGAUUGUGGGAAAGAUCUAUUUCCUUUUGGUGCGAAUUAAGAUCAAACACAUGGAAAUCGAUAUUAUUAAACGGGAGACGACGGGGACGGGGCCAAACGUGUACCAUGAAAAUGACACCAUUGCAAAAUAUGAGAUCAUGGAUGGAGCUCCAGUUCGAGGUGAAUCCAUCCCUAUCCGUCUUUUUCUGGCUGGAUAUGAAAUGACGCCCACCAUGAGGGAUAUUAAUAAGAAAUUCUCUGUUCGUUAUUACCUGAACCUUGUACUCAUUGAUGAAGAGGAGAGGCGAUACUUCAAACAACAGGAGAUUACACUAUGGAGGAAGGGAGACGUAGUGAGGAAGAGCAUGUCUCAUCAAGCUGCCAUCGCCUCUCAGCGCUUCGAGGGCUCAGAGAAAACACUUCCUCAAGCGAAAGAGGACAGCAACUAAACCUAACCACGUCAGCUCAUCAUCUCAAGUGUGUGUAUGUGUUAGAGAAAGAGAGUGUGUGUGUGUGUGUAUAGAUUUAAAGAAAAAAGUGUGCUCUUAAUAUAGACUGGGCAGCGUAAACCUUAUAUUUCACAUUCCUAAAUAUUUUAGUUUAUGAUCAACAAGUAGCUUUUAAAAAGGGAUGAAUGUGAAAAGCGAAAACACUGAUUCCAAAAAAACAUUCGAUAUUUACAAGUUCUCCCUGGCGGUUCCUCUGAGAUUGUUUACUUUUAUUUCUGCCACCCUGGAUUUAAUUCAGUCUUUAUUUAAAUCAAACAUUUCAGACGUUCCACAGACGUUGUUGUGGAUUUUUCAUUAUACAUGCAUAGCUUACAGUGUUCAGUUUAAAUGCUAUUUAACAAAGUCACCAUUUUAUGUCUUUUUUUAUACAAUAUGCUUACCGAUACAUGCCUUUUUACUUUUGUUGCCAUUCCCGAAGAUAAAUUAUAAGCACUUCAGGGGUUUUGCCAAUGCGAUUUCAGUGUCUCUGGAGGAACCCUAAAAUAGUUUAGACAUUUCUCUUUAAAUUGAACUAACAAACCAAAUUAAUUCCCCUAUAUAUAUGUAGCUGAACUGAAUUGCACCUAUAUUUUAUUUUUAAGAUACGAUACUUUGAUACGAUAACUAGCUUGCCAGUUUUUUUUUAAUGUAGAAAAAUAAAUACAAUUUAAUUCAGUAUUAUUGCUAUUGGGGUUGGUUUUGGGGAACUAAAUUUAUUGAUGUUGUUGGUAACACUUAAUAAGGUAAAAAACAUUCAUGAACUAACAAUAGAUGUAUCCAAAAUCACCUCCUAUAAUUUCAAAUAGUGCACUAUUAUGAGGGAGCAGCCAUUUGUAUUGGUGUCUGAAUCUAUAGUGCUCUUAAUUAAUCCCACAAUGCACCACAAUUACGAAUGUACAAUCAAUGUACAUCAAUGGCUAGAGAAUACCCAUAAUACACUGUGAGAUUUCAUGUGGCAAAUUUAUCUCCGCGUCUGACCACAAGAUGGCAUAGACAGAGGAAUCCUAUUGGUAAAAUUUUCAAAAAUAAAUUCAUUUGGUAAUUUUCCUUUAGCGACCUUUGAUAAAUCACAGACUAAGCCACAGUGGAACGAACCGCCAAAUAUUCCAGCAUAUAUUUCACGCAGCAGAUUCCAGCUGCAACCCAGUACUGGGAAACACCCAUACACACUCACUCACACACAUACACUACAGCCAAUUUAGUUUAUUCAAUUCACCUAUACCACAUGUCUUUGGACUUGUGGGGGAAACCGGGAGCACCCAGAGAAAACCCCUACACCAACACAGGGAGAACAUGCCAACUAACCCAGCCCGGACUCGAACCAGUGACCUUCUUGCUGUGAGGCGACAGUGCUAACCACUGAGCCAACGUUCUGUCUUUCAAAAUAAAUUAUUUAGUUAUUAAAUUGACAUUUGAAUACAUGGCAAAGUUUGCAAAGUGUUUAAAAAAACUAGCACAAGGGCUAACCAAGAAGUUUAAAAGCUAAUAAUUUGAGGAUUGAUCAACCAGCGGCUCAAACAAAAUGGCAUCCUUCCAGUGCACUCGAAUUCUCGAAUUCACUCACUCGUUUUUAUUCACUACUUUGAGUGGACUAAUGUAUGGAAUAGUGAAUGAGGGUAUGGGGGAGAUUUCGGAUACAGCCAAUUAACUAUUUUGAUUGCAUCUUUUAUACAUUUAUUAGUCUUAAUUAAAUGUUUAGGUUAAAUGUUGUUUUGUAGGAAUAUAAGUAACUUAAAGGUUGAAGUAACAAAGUCAAUAUUAGAAUUGUUUUAAGAAACAGUUCAAUUUGUUUGUUAGAAACGUUUCAACAAUGUAAACAGUGUUUAUUUAUGAUUGAACUAUUUUUCUUUUUAAAUGAGUUUCUUUUGGCCAGUAAUAACUAACAUUAACACGUGCCAGUUGUAAAAAUGAAAUUAAUGAAUGCUGUUAAAAGAUGGUUCAAAUUGACCAAUAAUAACUAACAUUAGCACAUGCCACUUUUAACGUAAAAAUGAAGCUCAACGUUAGUUCGUUAACUAUGAAUAAACCUUAUUGUAAAGUGUUACUAACUUGUCUUUAGCUUUUUUGAGGAUUAAAGUGAUAAGUUCACAAAAGUGAAAAUUCUGUCAUCAUUUACUCACCCUUCACUUGUUCCAAACCGGUUUGAAUUUCUUUAUUUUGUUGAACACAAAAGAGGAUAUUUUGAUGGAAGCUGAAAACAUGUAACCAUUGACUUUCAUAGUAGGAAAAACUAAUUCUAUGGAGGUCACUGCUCUUUUCAGCUUAUCUGGUGUUCAACCUAAUAAAGGAACUCAUGCAGGUUUUGAGCCACUUUAGUAAAUACUGAGUAAAUUUUCAUUUUUGUGUGAAUGAUUUCUUUAACUCUGUUUAAGUCUUGUCAUCAUUUCUCUAAUGCAUUUGUCUUAUUUUUGUUCUCGUUUUUACUGACAAUGGAGAUCAACUCUCAUAGCAGUGCAUCUUAAAGUGUGUGAUCAGGAUGAAAAGCAGAAGUAUUAGCUCUUAGCAUAAUAUAAGAGUUGUCUUGUUUUUGAGAUUGCAGGCCCAUUACAGUGGUGUUUUGUUACUGCCGUGAUUAUUUCGGGUGAUUAUCUAUCCAAAAAACAAGGAUAAAUCUAUCUGCCUUCUAUGAGACUGCUAUUUCACAAUAUUGGUCUUUUAUCAGUAGUGUUUCUCGACCACCAUCACUGCGUGUUUUGGAUGUCUUCAUUGUCUGUCACACCCAUUACAGGUCUUUCAGUCUCUGCUAAUGAGCUGAUGAUCUGAAUCAGGGGUGUUUGGUUAAGGAGACAUGGAUAUGUGCAGAGCUGGUGGUCCUCCAGGAACGUGGUUGAGAAACACUGUAUUAGUAUUUACUUCUAGUGCUGGUAAAUGAUUAAUUGUGACUAACCACAUACAAGAUUAAAGUUGGCAUUUACAUAUUUUUGUGUGUACUAUGCUAUAGGACAACUUUGAUGAAAGAUGAUGAUUUACUUUAAAUGUUGACACAUACACACACACACACACACACACACACACA